AUGUCGCUCGACCAGCGUAUACAAUCGUGGCUACAACAAAUCGAACCUGCAUCAAAGGACAAGCAUUCCGCGAAGCGCCGUCGAUUAAAUCCCCCGACUCCAGAGCCGUCGCGAAGCGGCCACAGCAUGGGUUCCAGCAGAUCUACAAAGCGCCGCGCAAAUGACGCGCACGAUGACAUGGAGGAUACCUUUGAGACGCCGCGGCCGCUGAAACUCAAAGCCCCGAGAAGUGAAUCUGGUACCUCUUUACCUUCGUCAUCAGCUGCAUCGUCCAAGUCUGGGUACUACUCGCCAACGAAACAGUUGCGUAACCUAGAGUUUCACCCCAGAGGCGUUGACCCUAGAGAGCUUAAGGACUUUCACAAUAAGCCAGCUAGCUUAAAAACGCUCUUGCAAAAGAUUGAUCACAGUUCGUCCGGUUUCGGGAUUCUGCCAUUGUCACAGCGCGCUUUGAUGGAUGAACUGGAUGACGAGAUUUACAACGACUUCGAAUGGGCAAGACAACCACCUUUCAGAGAUAUAUAUUUCUCGAAUGAUCGUGAUAACCUGGGUCAUACACCACCGCCGGAAAUAAUCCAGACGAUUCUUCAUGAGGCAGGUGAAUGCAACAAGAGAGGCUGCUCAGAAGCGCAUUGGAACGUCGAGGUUCAUCAUUUAGUGCUGAAAGCCGCAGUGAGACCCUUGCAGGGUCCACGGUCGAAUCAGUUCUUUGACUUCCUUCUCAGCACCACCGCGUCGAUCUUGCCCGAGUACCAAGCGACAUCAGCGUCUAAGAAAGUUGAUUUUUGCAUGUAUACCGAUCCGAGAUUUGGUGGAUCGUCACAAAUCUCCGAAACCAUCCUGGCUUUGAGGAAUGUUUUACCCAUGGGCAUUUUCAACCACGCCAACCUAGCUCCGCUGUCCGACCGCCCCAUCGCAGUCAGCAUCGAAACUAAAAAGACAGGCGAAGGGUGGGAAAACGCUCGACUACAAAUGGAAGUAUGGAUGGCAGCCCACUGGCAAUUCCUACGCAAGCUUCUGGAACUACGACGCCUCGCAGCAGAGGCAGUAUCUUCUCUGAAACAAACAACCGAGGGCGUGACACUUGAUCCGGAAGAGAAAUGUAAACUACCAGAGUUUCUCCCUGGUAUUAUCAUUCAGGGGCACGAUUGGCAUCUUGUCAUCACGACGCCGGAUGGUGAAAAGACUCUUUUUUGGCAAAAGAAGAAUUUCGGUCAGACAUCUGAGUCCAAAGGGAUUUAUACGAUUAUUUACAAUUUGCAACUGUUGCGAAGAUGGGCGCAGGAGGAGUAUUGGAAAUGGAUGAGGGAAUUGUUACUUGGAUGGCCACGGCAUAAGGGGGAAGUGUUUGUCGUUGGAGCUUAUUGA